AUGGCGCUGGACCUACAGCCGCCCGACGGUCGCAAACGGGUCAAGGUCUACGAGCUGAGGAAUAAUGACUGGUUUGAUCGCGGCACCGGUUUCUGUACCGGCACAAUCAUGGGGGAGGAACCACGAAUAUAUGUCGAAUCGGAAGAUCAACCGCAGCGCGUUUUGCUCGAGACCAAGAUCACCAAAGAUGAUGGCUAUCAAAAACAGCAAGAGACCUUGAUUGUCUGGACGGAACAAAAUGGCACGGAUAUGGCGCUGAGUUUUCAAGAGGCCGAGGGAUGCGCGGUGAUAUGGGACUUCGUCAACACUGUUCAGCAACAUCUUUUGAGCAUAGCCACAGCCGACGACGCCCUCUCAGACGACCUCGAUAGCUACCAAUCCAUCGUAUUGCCCGCGCCGGAUCUGGGCAAUCUCCCUGAAAUUGAGCAGAUCGUCCGAGCCGCCAGCAUGACACAGAACGGUCGCGACGCGCUAUCGAAAUUUCUUAUUCGUGACGACUACAUCAACAAAUUGGUUCCCUUGGUGUCAACAGCGGAGGACUUGGAGAGUCUAACUGAUUUACAUCGCCUCUGCAACAUCAUGAAAUCUCUGAUUCUCUUGAACGAUAAUGCCAUUAUCGAGAUGGUAGUGUCCGACCAUAUAAUACUGGGAGUGGUCGGGGCUCUGGAAUAUGACCCCGAAUUUCCAACACACAAGGCAAACCACCGACAAUAUCUCGCAGAUCAGUCGCGUUACAAGGAAGUCGUUCCCAUCAAGGACAAUCAGAUUCGGCGAAAGAUUCGCAGUACUUGGCGUUUGCAAUACCUGAAGGAUGUGGUCCUCGCGCGGAUCCUAGACGAUCCGACAUUUUCCGUGCUCAACUCCCUCAUCUUUUUCAAUCAGAUGGAAAUUGUCAAUCACAUCCAGUCGAACGCCGUCUUCUUGCGCGAACUCUUUUCCGUGUUUGACCCCAGAAACACCGACGGCAAGCGCAAGGACGAUGCGGUUCAAUUUCUCCAUCAGUGUGCUGGAAUUGCGAAAAAUUUACAGGCUCCGUCGCGGGCCCAGCUCUUUGGCAACUUCAUCAGUCACGGACUGUUCGCAGUCAUCGCCUUCGCCGUGAAGCAUCCCAAUCCUGCCAUGCGCACGACGGGCAUCGAUAUUCUGGUAGCAUUGCUGGAUCAUGACCCUGUAAUGAUGCGCGGGUAUAUGCUCAAGGCAGUCAACGAGAAGAAGACACCACUCACGGAUACUUUGAUCGAUCUACUUCAUGCGGAGACCGACCUCGGUGUGAAGAAUCAACUCGCUGAUGCGAUCAAGAUCCUCCUGGAUCCUCAGAUUCCCCUGCAGGAUCCGCUCGCACGGGCUGGUCCCGAUUAUUUUAAAGUCCGCUCCUCCAACCUGCUCUCUGAUGCAUUUGUUCAGCAACAUUUCGAUGAAUCUUCCAAGCGACUAUUCCAGCCACUAAAACAACUUGCCAACCGUGCCUCCCUUAAUGACUUGACCUUCCAAGAAGUCACGCUUUACUCGCAUCUUGUUGACAUCCUCACCUUUUUCGUCCGUCAACAUCUCUUCCGCACCCGUAAUGCAAUCCACAGUGAACAGCUUGCUCCUCGAGUGGCCCAACUGCUCACAGCCCCUCAGAAAACCGUGAAGCUAGUUGCCCUCAAAUUUUUCCGCACACUUAUUAGCCUCCAAGAUACCUUUUACCAAGCCCUCAUGACGCAUAACAAUACCUUUGGCUUGAUUCUUGAUAUCGUCCUCGAAACCAUGCCCCGUGACAACCUUCUCAACUCCGCCUGCCUCGAGCUUUUCGAAUUCAUCAAACGGGAAAACAUUAAACCAUUUAUCGUCCAUGUGGUUGAGAAGUACCGUGAGAAGCUUAAACGAAUUACCUACGUUGACACCUUCCAAAAUCUCAUCCUGCGCUAUGAUCAGAUGCAAGGCUAUGGUGCCGAGGCCGAAUCUACGCUCUUUAGCCAAGAUGAGAGUGAUACACCGCAGCAAAUGCCCUUGAACGGUCAGCGCUGGCAGGGUGUGAAGGAAUUGGACGCGACGGAAGAGGAGUACUUCGCUGGAUCCGAUGACGAAGAUGAGUGGCAACAGGAAAAUCGUGCUGCUCUUACUGCUGGUACCGUCAAUGGAUCUGCUUCUCCAUUGGUCAAGCCACUGGUUGAUUAUCCAGAUGAUGACGAUGAAGAUGCGAUGGAUACUAAGCCCGAGGACGACCCACACAGACUUGCAGAAGAUCAGCCAUCAAAAGUGGCAGCUGUCCAGGGUGAGAAUUCCUCUGAAGCGACCGUCACCCCCACCUCGCCAACGCAGAAUCCCCCUGUUCUUGAACGCCUCGCCGAAAAACGCCGCCGCGAGGAAGAGGACGAGGAUGAGCUGGUCAAACUUGCCACUGGACCCAAGCGCCGGAGCUCUACAAGUAGUAAUUCCAGUGCUGGUUCAAUCCACCGGAAGAAGACCAUGUCAAUCGGCUCGAUCGGGUCCGCUGAAAAGAGCACCAUGUUAGGCGCCAACGCGGCGCCAAAGAGAAUCGCCAUCAACCUGGGCCCAGCGGUUAAGCCAUCUCUUCCCGAUGAGCCAUCUUGCGAAGACGCCCCAUCAAGCACCAGCGAGAAGGAAAACCAUCGCGACGACAGCCAGGGUGAAGGCUGA